GUCAGGCAAAUGAUAUAUCAUGAUGAUUUUGUUCGGGUGCUUAAGUGGAUUGGGUGAUUGAUUGAUUGAUUGGUUGGAUGAUUGCUUGAUCGAUCGAUUGAUUGAUUGAUUGAUUGAUUGUUUUUGAUUGGUUUCUUGAUUGAUUGAUUGAUUGAUUGAUUGAUUGAUUGAUUCAGUGAUUGAGUGAUUGAAUCAAGUGAGAAGAGUCGGGCAAUGCGACUAAUUAACGGGGGAGAGGGAUAAGACUACGACAAGCGUUCCGUCGCUCCUUGGGUUGGCAAUCUGUUAAGAAAGGUGGUUGAUUGGUGUCCCGAUCUCCAAUAAUGUGGUCCCGCCUGGGGGGGCUAACGGAUGCUGUUAAAGAUGGAUUUAGUGAGUUCAAGGAGAGUGCUCUCAAGGAAAUAGGCGGGGUGAGUCCUGUGGCAGGUGCAGUGACGGAGGCGGUGAAGAGUGGUGCUGACGUGGCGCGCUCGCUGACAGCGAAGGCCAGAAGGAGAGAGUCUUCGAGUGAAUCAUCACCUCCCCGAGCUCCUUCCCUCGGUGCUGGCGCGUUAACGCGCUGGGUCGUUGACGCUGGGAGCAGCACGAAGGGCGACCCGUCGUGGAGGAAGAGGGAGCAAGAGGAAAACGAGGAAAAGGAGGAGGAGAGGAAUGCGGCCCGCGAUGAAGAAGGAGAAGAAGAAGAGGAGGAGGAGGUGGUUUCUGCUCCUCUGGCUGAGCAAGCACGAUCAACUCGUGAGCGGGUGAAGGUGGUUUCGAUGGCGAUCGCGGCGUAAUCAGGCCAAUUGGCUGCCGCGAUGAG